UCGCUCUCCAGUUCGGUUCGUUUCGUUUACCGUAAUUCGUGUAUUAACGGAAUUUAUAGUCAAGUCACAAUCAACAAAAAACCGUUUCGUCGCUUAGUUUUACUUGAAUCUUGAAGGCAAUGCAAACCAUAAAAAAACGGUAUCAGUUGUGUAGUAACAGUACAUAUACCUAGUUUAGUAUUUUGUUUUUCCGUUAUAAUCAGCAGCCAUCAUAGUUUAACAGUUCAAAAGCAUUUAAAAAAUAAACCAGUGAUAACAGUGGAAUAACAACAAAUAAAAAGCAAAUCAAAUUUUGAAUUGAAAAAUAAGAAAAAGAAACAAGUGAUGUUGGGCACAUAAAGUCAAAAGUUAUUUAAACAAAAAAUAUAAAAAUAAACUUACCUUCAUUACAAAAAUAGAAUAAAGUGGCCCUAGUUAAGUUUUUGGUCUAGUUUCUAGUGAAAGAGAAAAUUUCAAAACCCCAAAAAGUGAACAUGACUACGAAUGCCGAAAUCCUACCCUACCAUCAGACGACGAUUUCGCUCCAAACUGCGGCAGCUCUGUCGAGCUAUCAUGGCGGUGGAGCUGGUGGUGGGGGUGGCGGUACAACUCAUAUCGGUUGGACAAUGGACGAUCACCUGUACCAACAGACCGAAUUGCACGGAAUGACUCCACACAGGACACAUCACCUUCUCCGAUUCACUCCCUACGCCCUGCAUCGACCUCAGUUACAGACCCUCAGUCAUCAUCACCAUCACCACCAUGCACAUCUGCCCCCAGCUAUCUUCUUGCAGCAUGCCACCGGAUCUGCAAUGAAGUCUCACCAGCGUCCCGCAACUCCAGCUUCACCUCCUCCGCCAGAGGGCACACACAUCGGUCAUCUGUAUCCAGAGAUCCUCGAAAUGAUCUUUCAGAGGCUUCCAGUCAAGGAUCGCGGUCGUGUGGCUCAGGUGUGUACGAACUGGAGGGAUGCCGCAUACGCCAAGAGCGUGUGGAAGGGAGUACAGGCCAAAUUGCACCUAAAACGCUCUAGUCCUAGUCUCUUUGCAUCGCUGGUGCGAAGGGGUAUAAAGAAAAUCCAAAUUCUCUCCCUGCGUCGAUCACUGCGCGACUUGGUCAUGGGGGUGCCAAACAUGGUCUCCCUGAACCUCAGCGGUUGUUAUAAUGUGGCCGACAUCAAUUUGGGACACGCAUUCUCCAUGGACCUGCCCAAUCUGAAGGAACUUGAUCUUUCCCUCUGCAAACAGAUCACCGACACUAGUCUAGGACGGAUAGCGCAACAUCUGAAGAACCUCGAGACCCUGGAACUUGGGGGUUGUUGCAACAUCACGAAUACUGGUCUCCUCCUGAUCGCGUGGGGUCUGAAGAAAUUAAAGAACCUCAACCUCCGAUCGUGCUGGCACAUCAGUGAUCAAGGCAUCGGACACUUAUCCGGGCUGAGUAAGGAAACCGCGGAAGGCAAUCUAGAGCUGGAAUAUCUCGGUCUGCAGGAUUGCCAACGACUGAGCGAUGAAGCACUCGGUCACAUAGCACAAGGUCUAACGUCACUUAAACGAAUUAACUUGAGUUUCUGCGUCUCGAUAACCGACAGUGGACUCAAGCAUCUAGCACGGAUGCCCAAGUUACAGCACUUAAACCUACGAUCCUGCGAUAACAUCUCCGACAUUGGCAUGGCCUACCUUACAGAGGGCGGCAGCGGUAUUAUCUCCCUUGAUGUAAGCUUCUGUGACAAGAUCAGCGAUCAGGCUCUCACGCACAUCGCUCAAGGUCUCUUCCAACUGCGAUCACUGAGUCUCAACCAGUGCCAAAUAACCGAUCAAGGAAUGCUCAAGAUCGCCAAAUCCCUGCACGAACUCGAGCAUCUGAAUAUCGGUCAAUGCAGUCGGAUAACCGACAAGGGUCUUCAAUCGCUCGCCGAUGAUCUUAUCAAUUUGAAAACUAUCGAUCUGUACGGUUGUACGCAAUUGUCAUCGAAGGGCCUGGAUGUGGUCAUGAAGCUGCCCAAACUGUCGAAGCUAAAUCUCGGAUUAUGGCUUGUAAGAUGAUGCGUUAAUGGGGAAAAAUCGCUGCGAUCUUUGUUAUCGUAUUUGACAUCACCAAAGUACUACAGGAUCAUCGUUAUAUUCAACAUCAUCCUCAUCAUCACCAUGAUCGUCCACUGUAAUAGCUUUUUUUAUAAAAUUUUAAAUUAAUUUUAUAAUAUGACAAUUUGCCAUAUUUAUUUUUAAACAAAAUGUUUUCUAUACAUUAUAGGUGAUUUAUUUUAAUAUAAUUUUUAUUGUUGGUUUAAUUUUUAAUCUCAAAGUUAUCGCUUCUUUUUUCCGUUAAAAACAAAAUAUCGAAACAUGAAGCAUGAGAAUGCGCUGUCAUUGUUAUCAGGGUUGCCAUAAAGAAUUAUUUCAAUAUCGAAUGAUUAGUUAAAUGACAGUUACAAGCUUUGACUUUAUCGAUCCUUAAGUCAAUGACACAAGAAUGUCACUGUCAAAAUGGUUUAUAGCUUUAAAUUCAUUCACUUUUGUUUUCCCACAAAAUUCUUCUUAGCGAUUAUAUUGAAGUUCGUGUCAGUAGAAAAUUAAGGGGAUGUUAUCGACUUUUCAAUUUUCUUCCAAAACAUACUUUGGAUAACACAUUGAACGCACCCAUAUUUUCCUUUUAUAGCAUCGAAGUAUGUAUUUAACGAAACUCUUAGAAGGGGUCGAUAUCUAGUUUCAAUAGCUAAAUAUAUUCUAAUUUUGAAUUUGUAGGUAGUUUUGCCGUUAUUCAGGUUAUGAAUCAGAUUUCGUUACUUAGUAUUUCCAUCAUUUAAAAGUUCUUGAACUUGAAUUCCAUAAAAGAAGUUUCGUUAAAUAUUCUUUUGUUAAUCUUUAAAAAAUUCCUUAGUAAUUAUUUAUUGUAAAAAACUCAUUUUAGUUUGAGAAAAAUAACAAAUCCUGUUUCUACCCUUCUCUGUUCCUUUUUGUUGUAGUCUUCUUUGACAGUUCUAUGCAUUAUGAUAAAAGUUGAGAAGAUUAUUGUGUACGCUUGAUUGACAUUCACGCAAUUCUUUUUGGAUUUUUCACAAAACAAAACUAGUCUCCUUCCUUUCUGGUUUUUUUUUUCAUAUUUUUUUGUCUUCCCUCUCAAAGAAAAGAACAUCACUGACAAAUUGAUUUGCAAUGCAUAAAAGAAAUUUCGCGCUUCAGGUGCUCGUGGUAACGUUAAUUUCCCAUGAAAACCGGAGUGACCUCUUCUUGUGCUUUGUAUGCGUUCUUUUCAUUCCUUUUAGAUAGUUUUGUUGCAACUUGGGGGGUUCUUAGUGUAACACCAGGAUUAAAAAAAACAAUGUUACAAAGAAACUAGUUCUAAGAUCUGAGCUUAUUUUUGUGUUUGGAAAGAUUACUGUCAAAAAACUCAUGAACGUUCCUUUUUCUUAAAAACGGGUUCACCACAAUGUGUCAAAUUUAAGGUUUGGCGUAUUUUUGAGAACAAAAACGAAAAGCAUUUGUGAUAUAAGAUUAUUGACCGUUAUAGAUCAUAAUUUCAACGUGUGAUAAGCUUACAUCUAUUGUGAAUUAGCCUUAUUGCAUUUGUCAACUGUCAAUUAAUUUGCAUUGGUUGUCUUGUAAGAUUUGCACGUAGCAACAAACUGACACCUUUAAAAUCUUUUUGUUUAAAUGCAUUUAGUUCUAUUUUUGUUAUUUAUAAUAAUUUAAUGUUGAUACUUUUAUCAAUUAUGUUGUUUAAAAUGAUUGAACUUUGAUAAUAUCAGUUAUUAUGGAUAAUAUUUGAUUUUCGCAAAAAAGUUGAAUAUAUUGCUUUAUUUAAUAAAGUUUUAAGAUGCAAACUUUAAUAAAGAUCAAUUUUUCAUCACUUUUAUAAGAUAUAACAAAUUGGAGGAUGUCUUGAACUUUUAUUAAGUGAAUGAGCCCAAAAACAAAAUGGAUGACUGUAUUCAAUCACAUUAGUUAGGAAGCCAUUUUUGUUUGUGAUCUUAUGACAGAUGUCUUUGGUUUCCACUUUCCUUAAAUUAUAGCAAUCAAACUGAGUAAUUAACUUGCCAAUUCCAUCUCAAUAUUUUUAAUUUAAAAAGGUCAAGUUACUUGAAAGAAAGUUUUAUUGUGUGAAAAUAACAUAUCGAAAACGUCAUAAGAUCACUUUGACGUUUUGGAUUUGUUAACUCGGAGUCUAAUGAAAGUUGGUAAAUGAGUUUCUGUAGUUCACUAAAAUAAACGAACCCAAAGUUUGAAACCGAUCAGUUCUGUUUGACGUGUUCCAUAGGAAUUUCUUCUUCCACUUGUCAGAAUCAGAAACGUCAUUAUUCUGCUAAUACACGACGUUUACUUUUGAUUUUUGAGUACAAACUUCGAAAAUGUACUCAACUUGAUACAAUAUUACAAUCGUAAUGAUAUUUCAAUGAAGAUUAUGACUUAAAAGUCUUCGUGUAAUAGCAGUCUUAAAGGUGAGCCCUCACUUGACGGAAUUGGAAAACAUAUCUAAAAUGCACUGUGGCAUAUUUUCACGAUGCGGUAGAAUGUUUCGUAUGAAAUUGGUGCUCAUAAAAUCGUGCUUAAAUAUUUCACUACAUUUAACACUUAACGUUGAAAUUUGAAUUUUAAACAUCCGAGAGUGUGAUAAAUCAAUUUUUAAAAAUAUUGCGUCGUUCAAUUGGUUUCUUGCAGUUGUAGAACCAAUUUGAUCCGCCUUUCAAAUUUUAGAACAUUCAAUCGUUCAAGCAUAUUAUUUACUUUGUUCACAGAAGUCGACCUUCAAUUUAUUAUUAAUCUUUAAAAAUCGUGGGGUUUGAUCUCCGGAUCAAAUAAGUUGUUCAACUGAUAAAAAUACGCCACUUUCGAAAAUGUCAAAAAUAGUGAUACUGCGAACAUCUUUUGGUAUGUUCAAAUCUCCAAACACAAAUUAUGCAACGGCUAUUGAUAACAUGCAUUUUUAGAAUUCACGUUCAGUGACAAAUAAUUGUAGAAGAGACAAUUUUGACAGUAUUCUUCAAUGUUGAAAAAUCAGUUGACGUUUAUGGAUGUUCAAACUCAUAAACUACCAUUUUCCUAUCAUAUUAACUUUUAUGCUUGAUGUUUUCGAAACUGGCUCAAAAAUAUUUUUAUUUUUUAGUUCAGAGUAGAGCUCGAACUGUCAAAAAAA